UUCCUGCUCCUGGCACUGCCAGGGAUCCGCCUCCAGCAGGGCUGGCUUUCAAACAGGCACGACCAGAUUCCCCAGGCACAAAGUAAUCAAUUUGCCUGUUCCCUGCAGUUGCAAAAGGCAGUUUCUCUCUCACACUCUACCUACCGCUCCUGAGGAUGAUCACGCUUGGACGAGGGUAGAAGAAUUAGGAGGAAUGAAGGAAAUACUUCAUGGAAUGUUACUCAAGACAAGUUGCCUAGGGAAUAUUCUGGAAAAAUGUUUUUUGGGAUUAUACUGAAGCUUAACCUCAGGAGUUCCCGUGUAAAGGGUAAAAGCCACCAGCACAAGAUUCAGAGUGCAAUGAAACAAACCCAACAAAAACGACACUGGAAUUAACUUCCCGUGUUGCAAGAGGGGAGAAGAAAAAAGCAGCAAAGAAUCCUGACCACAAAAACCAUGAGAGACCGUCUGCAAGAGCUCAGACUGAGGGCUAAAGAACUACAGAUGGGUGGGGAAAACAAUGGUGCAACUGUCCAAGAAGAGGAGCAGGAGGAGUUUGAACAGCAGGCCAUUAUUUAUGAAAAAGAGCCCAUCACUGAAAGGCACUUGCACGAAAUCCAGAAACUUCAGAACGAAAUCAAUAACCUGGUGGAAGAAGUCAAUAAAUUCAGCCAACAACAAAAAAGCCUCGUGUCCUCAAUGAGAAGGUUCAGCGUUCUCAAAAAGGAGUCCAACAUAGCCAGGGAAAUCAAAGUGCAGGCAGAGCACGUCCGCAGAGGUCUGGAUGAGCUGUCCAGAGCAGUGAGGAGAGCUGAGAGCGAGCAGGGGCCGGCCCGAGCCGCGGUGAGGAUCCUGGCGGCCCAGCACACCUUCCUGUCCCACCGCUACCUGCACGCCAUGCUCGCCUACAACGAGGCCAUCACCGCCAAGCAGGACAGGUGCAGGACCUUCAUCCUCCGCCAGCUCGAGGUGGCAGGCAAAGAGCUGUCAGAGGAGGAGGUCAAUGACAUGCUCCAGCAAGGCAAGUGGGAGAUUUUCAAUGAAAAUCUGCUCACUGAAGUCAAGAUUACUAAAGCUCAGCUGUCAGAGAUUGAGCAGAGACACAAAGAACUGGUCAAUCUGGAGAACCAGAUCAAAGAUGUGAAAGAACUCUUUAUCCAGAUCUCACUUCUGGUGGAGGAGCAAGGGCAGAUGAUCAACAACAUAGAAAUCUACAUGAACAAUGCUCAAGAAUACACUCAAGCAUCUAAAGAAAAGUUUGGGCUUGCAGUCAGGUAUAAAAGAAGAAACCCUUGCAAAGCAAUUUGCUGCUGGUGUUGUCCGUGCUGCAGAUGACACCAGGAAUGAACUGCUUGAAAUACCAGUGGUUCCCCCACACCAAACUGAUCUUGGAAAGCACUCUUGGCAUCCCUCAACUGCUUCACUUUUCUUCCCAUUUUCCCUUCAGCAGAGCUCUCAGGAAAAACUGCAUCUGUUUUUCAAGACAGAGUAAAGAAUUUUAUGGUUUUCACAGAAAUACAUGAACUACAGGAAAGGGUCAAAGGAUAAAAGUGACUUUUUUUGUGUUCUUAUAAACUUCUUCAAAGUUUAGAAAUUCUCAAGUUUAGUUUGGUUCUUCAAACUAAAACAGUGUGGCAACAAACUCCCUGUGCUGUUGGGAGGCAUUGAAAAUAGCGUUAAUCUCAAAGACAGGAUUCAUAAAAAGGUUUUACUUACUUUUCACAAAAUAGUAGUUCCCUCCACCGUUUCAACCAGUUGCAGCAAUUGGCCAUUAGAUUGAACAUCCCUCUUCAGCUGCCAUCCAGAGCCACCAAAGCUGCAGCAAUGGUGUGGGCAGGCCAGAGCAACCCAAGGAGACUGGCACAGAGACUGCAGAGCCAAGGUCUUUCUUGUCACUCCUAGAAAGGAAAAAAGGGACAAAAAAAAAUUAGUUAGGCAGUCUGUAGAAAGAAGGCAACAGCCUCCUUCUCAGUGUGUUAUAUUCAGUCUUGUUAUCUUUCCCUUUUCCAUCCUCACACACUUCACCCACCCCCCUCUCACAGAUCUGGGCAGCCACCAGACACUGCUUAUCCCAAAUAAUGCCAGGCCACAGCACAGAAGGGAACUGAGAGGAACAAGACACAUCCAGCUACACAAUUCCAGUGCUUGUCUCACCAACACGUGCCACAGCCCUGCUGACUGACAGGGAAUAAGGACCAAUUUCAAGCAUGAGUAAAACUUACAAGAAUAUAACAGGAUAAAGCAUUAAAAGCAAACAAAGAACAUC